AUGCAUGGUGCAGGAAAAAUGAAUUCUACUAUGAGUGAGGAGCCUGAUGCACUCUCUGUAGUUAACCAACUCCGAGAUCUAGCAGCUGACCCAUUGAACAGACGGGCUAUUGUUCAGGAUCAAGGAUGCCUGCCAGGUCUUAUUCUGUUUCUGGACCAUCCCAACCCACCAGUUGUUCAUUCAGCUUUGCUGGCCCUCCGCUAUUUGGCAGAAUGCCGUGCCAACAGAGAAAAGAUGAAAAGUGAAUUGGGUAUGAUGCUCAGCUUACAGAACGUAAUACAAAAGACCACUACACCAGGAGAGACUAAACUUUUAGCUUCUGAAGUCUAUGAUAUCCUCCAGUCUUCCAACAUGUCAGACAUGGACAAUGUGAAUGAGAUGAAUUAUCGUAGACGGAAAGCUCAGUUUUUCCUCGGCAGCACAAAUAAGCGUGCCAAGACAGUGGUUUUGCAUAUAGAUGGCCUUGAUGAUUCGUCUCGAAGGAAUCUUUGUGAAGAAGCCUUGCUGAAAAUUAAAGGUGUUAUUAGUUUUACCUUUCAAAUGGCGGUUCAAAGGUGCGUGGUCCGAAUUCGGUCAGACUUGAAAGCAGAGGCAUUGGCAACGGCAAUAGCAUCAACCAAAGUUAUGAAGGCACAGCAAGUUGUGAAAAGUGAAAGUGGUGAGGAGAUGCUAGUUCCAUUCCAAGAUACGCCAGUGGAAGUAGAGCAGAAUACAGAUCUACCUGAAUAUUUACCAGAAGAUGAAAGCCCGACUAAGGAACAGGACAAAGCAGUGUCUCGUGUUGGGUCACACCCAGAAGGUGCAGCAAGCUGGCUCAGCACGGCAGCAAACUUUCUAUCAAGAUCUUUCUACUGGUGACUUGUACUUGGUGUUAAAAGACUGUGUGAAUGAACCAACAGGGGGGCCAGUUUUCCAUUGGUGUGGUGAACUGCCAAGUGCAAUUUGCAAUAAAUCAUUACGAAAAUUUUAGAUUAAGCAAAUGUAUGCUGCAUUUUACAUUUUAUUUGAUAUUUAGCCUGAUAGGGCAGGGGUCAAAGGACAGAGGCCUCCAAUCAAAUUGUUCUUUUUUUCUUUUCCCCUGUAGAUUUUAUUGCUUCACUUUUAAAAUAUGGGUCCACUGUUAUAUACCAAAUGCUUAUCCAUAUAGAGCUUUAAGUUUGACUUCACAUGAAACACGUGGUAGGAAGAAUCCGUUUGAGUCUCAGGGCCUCUGUGAAAGAAAAUUCUUAAUAGCUCUAGCUGUGUAUUAGAUAAAAUGCCCUUUUUAUUUCUGCUUCCCUUUGGACUAAUGUAAUUUUGUUAAAUUUUCUAGAUUUUGACUCCAGAGAAAAAUACAGUCUGCCUCUUUUUUUGCCUUUAUUUUUGCCAGCUGCAUUCACAGUGUGAGCACGAUGUUCCCCUUUUGCUAUUAAACUAGACUCACAGCAGACUUGAAACUUAUAACCCUUUUAUGUAUGUUGAAUUUUUUCCAGCCUGCCCUUAACCACUGGAGUGCUUGAGAUUAAGAAAUAAGGGAUUGAAUAAACAAAUAUGUAUACAUACAUUGUACAGUAAAUAAACUAGAACAUAUUUGUAAAGAUGGCUGUGACUGACUGAUAUAUAUCUAACUAAUAAAUACCACUGACUGCUGUUUAGGCUAACUGGGAAGACUGUAGCAGAAAGAGCUGUGGGCUAAUGUAGUGAUGACCCAUGCAGCUCUGUCUGAAGAGAAUAGGGGGAUGUAGACUGUACUUGGUUAAGAAGUGGUGUUCACUGUUAGGAAACAUUUAAUGGUAACUGAAACUUUAAACUUGAAGAAUAAAGCAGAACUGAAUGCCUCUCGCCACAGUGCCACACUUACAAAUUUUGACUUUAACCCUUUUUAUUUUUUUACCUAACAAAUAUGAUAUGUAAUUAUUCUUCCCUCCUAAUGUCUUCAUGAGACUCCCAUUAGCUUGCCUUUGCCCUGUUAUUUACAGACAGUAUAGAUUGAAAGAUGUCUUGGUAGCUUCUGUGACCAGAAGUGAUAAAAGCAAAACUUUUGUAGACAGAGAAUAACAUCUAUCUGAGCUGCUAGUAAACAUUGUAUGAGAGGAUUCAAUACACAGUGCUUGAGAACUGCAGUGCCACUGCUUUGUUACACCAGAGAAAUACAGCUGAGAACUUUAAAUAAUGAUAUAAAAUAACCUCAUUAUACAACGCUUUUUUGUGGUAAUGUAUUUGCUAUAAUGUUAAUUAUAUUUACCACUUGGAGACUCAGAAAAAAAAAUUAAUACAUCAAAGUUAUUCCCUUGGGCCUGUGCACAAGGAAUAAAAAAAAAUAAAUCACAGGCUGUCAUAAUACUGCAGAAAUGCUGAGGAAAUGAUAAUGUAAAGUAAUAAUGCAGGUCAGAGUUCACCCACCCAAGUUAGUUGUCAUUCUAGAAUUAAAAAAAGAGAAAAGCUUGUUGGCAGACUAGAUGUCUCAUGUUUUUUAAUAUAUCUAGUUUAUUUUUGAUUCAGGUUUACACGCACAGAUUGAAAAUACAGGCUUUCCAGGGCAUGUAUUGCUUUAAAUAUGUAAUACUACUCAUAUGGCUGUCUAGAAUGUUACAGUACCAAAUGUGUUUGAAAAGUCCUCUGUUCUAUAGCCAUGAAUGCAGAGUUUUAUUUUUCUGCAUUAACAUCUGUUUGCAUUUGCAUUAUUGCACAUCUCUACUAAAAGACUGCACCCUUUGGAUAUUAAUGGUUCAAAACCAGUAGGUAUUACAGUUUGUUGUGCAUUCGGUCUGUAGGUGUGCUUUUAUGACAGUAUUGCAGCUCUUGUAGAACAGUAUAAGGCAUCUGUAAAAGUUUUUGAAAUAUAUUGUAAAAUAAUAAAGGAUAAUAUAACUAAACAAAA